AUGAUAAACAAACCCACCGAAUCAUGCAGCCGCCGGAUUCUUAAUUUUCCGGCGACUUGUCCCGGUGAAUCGGUAUCCUUUCACACCCUUCUCACCUCUUUAAUCGGCCUAAGCCGCUCGAUAUGCAGCUUCACGUCGAAACCCAUCUUCACAAACCGAAAAAACGCAAGAACCUCGAUUCGCAUAGUACAAAAUCUCCUCCUAUUUUUCGAAGAUAUUCGACAGGACAAAAAAGAUCCCACCUUUACAGAGUCCUCUGUUCUGUUAUCUCUAUCCGAACUUCAUUUCACUCUGCAGAAACUCGAUUUCUUGUUACAAGACUGCAGCCGCGAAAAUUCGAGGCUAUGGAUGUUAAUGCAGUCCGAAAAAGUCUCGUUUCACUUUCACAACCUCGUUCGAAAUAUUGCCGUGGCUUUGGAUGUUCUGCCUUUAUCGGCACUCGAAAUUCCCGAUGAAGGUCGUGAGCUGGCCGAGCUCGUGAGGCACCGGGCCCGGAUCGCAGGCUUCGAGGUGGAAGACGAAGAUAAACGGGCCGCGAGCCGGGUUUUGCAAAGUAUCGGGUAUUUCGAAUCAGGGGUUGCCCCGGAAUCUAAUUAUCUGAAACGGGUUCUUGAUUAUUUGGGAAUCGGGACGUGGGCCGAGUGUGACAACGAAAUCAGGCUCUUGGAAAGCCUAACGGGCCCGGAAUUUGGCGGGAAAAAGGACGAGGCCCGAUUCAUAUGCGAUUUGAUCGCGUUCUUGAUUUGUUGCCGGUGCAUUGCUUUCGAAAAUAAUUUGGGAGGUUUUUCCGAAAGUAGUGUUGCGGCGCGGAGAUUCGAUUUUCGGGUCACGGGUUUUUCGAAUCUCGACGACUUCACGUGCCCGAUUUCUUUAGAAAUCAUGGGCGAUCCGGUUACGAUCUCGACCGGGCACACGUACGACCGAAAAUCGAUCGCCAAAUGGCUCAACUCCGGCAACCGCACGUGUCCCAAAACCGGGGAGCGGCUCGUUUCGGCUGAACUCGUCCCGAACCUCGCCGUGAAGCGGCUGAUCGCGCAGUGGUGCCAAGAAAACGGGCUACCGUUCCCCGGAGGGCGUUUUCGGAAUUCGGCGAAGCCGCUAGAUUUCGCCUCGGGAAGCCCCGCGGCUGAGCGGGCGGCGGGGAUCGUCGCCCGUUUUCUCGCCGGAAAAUUAAGAGACGAAAAAUCGCGGGGAAAGGCGUGCCGCGAGAUUCGACUCUUGACAAAGACGAGCGUUUUUUGCAGGUCUCGUCUGGUCGAAUCCGACGCAAUCCCGGGCCUCUUGGAUUCGACUCAUCACGAAGAAAAUCAGGAGAAUGCAGCGGCGGCACUAUUGAAUCUCUCGAAGCUCGUCGAGGGUAAGAGAGCAAUCGUCGAAAAUCGAGGAGUGGAGAAAAUAAUCGACUUAUUGAACCGAGGGGCGAAAAUGGAAACCCGGGCCCAUGCGGCCGGGGUUUUGUUCUACCUCUCGUCGGACGAGAGGUGCCGGGAAAUGAUAAACCGGAAUUCGGGCUCUGUCGUGGGCCUCGUGGGGUUGAUUCGGGCCAGGUCGGGCCGGUGGAGAAGGAAUGGUUUGGCGGCGGCCUUGGGCCUACUGGCGGGCCCGGAGAGUCACCGGAGGUUUUUAUCGGCCGGAUUGGGCCUAACGUUAGUCAAUGUGUUGACCGAGGCAAGCGGCAAGGAGGAUGACGUGGCGGAUUUGCUGUCGGUUUUGGCAGUUUUGGCCGAGAAGCCCGAAGGGGCAGAGGCGAUUAUUAGUGCCGGGGGCCUGCCGGUAAUUAUCAAGAUUUUGGGGUCGUGUGGCGAUUUUUGCGUCUCGAGGUCCGCGAAAGAGUGCUGCGUUUCGGUGCUGCUGGCUCUGUGCACCAAAGGCGGGUCGGAUGUGGUCCCGGUUUUAGUAAGGGACUCGUCGGUUAUGACGGGAUUGUACUCGGUUCUUGCGGGCGGGUCGUGUGGGCCCAGCAGGAAAGCGGGCUUGUUGAUCGGGAUAUUGCACGCGUUUGGUGAGACUAGACGGUCGGGCUCGGGCUCGGGCUCAUCCAUUGGGCCGGGCUUUGGGCCCGAGCAAUUUGUUCAUGUGUGGUGA